GAAGAAGCCGUGGCACAUGCCAGGGUCGCCGUAGGUGGCAGCCGCCGGCGCAUGCGCGCCCUCUCCCAGAAGCCUGUAACGCUGAGGGGCGCGCGCCCCCACCCGCGCGCGCACGCUUGCGCUAGCCAAGGCUUCCCCGCCUGCGCUCGUUGUCAGAGCCGCUCCGGCGCGUGCGCGCGUUAUCUCCGGCAGACCCGAGUAGCCAGGUUCCCUAAGCUCCAGGCCCCCGCCCCACAUCUCCCCCUCCCAGCCCCAGUCAACCCGUCCCCUUCCUCUCCUCGCGGAAUGGGGCCGGCGCUGCUCGGGGUCGCGCGCCCGAGACCCGGCUCGCGCUCGGUCUCGCGCUGUCAGCGACUGCCCCGCUCGCGCCGCCUCGCGCUCUCGCUCAGUCAGUGGCGCCGAAGGCUCCGUUAAGCGGCGGCGGCGGUUCCUGUUUCCGUUUCUUCGUCUCCCUUCAGUCGGGAGUAGCAUCCUCCACCCAGCCACCCCUCCCACUCCCCAACGGGGCAGCUGCAGCUGAGGGCUGUGGCGGCGGCGGUGGCGGCGGCAACUGGGGACGCCGGAGACCGCCUCUGCUCCCGCCUCGGGUUGCUGCUUUUGCUAAGGGAGUACCCAUGACCCUGAUGGUAUUUUCAUUCAAGAUAAAGUGUUCUAUUGCCUUUAUUGAUUAACUGAACGAAUUCAGAUGUCUGGUCUAGACAUGGGAAGAUACUUGGCUGUGGAAAACCUUGCAGUAGAAUCUGGAAUCAGCAUGUAGAGUCCAUGAAGCACAAGACAGUAAAGCUUCUUACUCAUACCACCAGGAGGAUCUCCUUGAAAGAUUCACUACAGGACUACCAGAGACACAAAUUCUCUGAAGCAUGAUGUGUUGAAACAACAAAAGGCUACUGCUUACGCACUAGCUACAAACAGACUUAAGAUGUUUCCAAUUCUUUGAGCUCCGGGAAGCCAGGGGAGUGAGUUGAAAAUCUGAAAAUGCGGCCAUGGACUGGUUCCUGGCGUUGGAUUAUGCUCAUUCUUUUUGCCUGGGGGACCUUGCUGUUUUAUAUAGGUGGUCACUUGGUACGAGAUAAUGACCACCCUGAUCACUCUAGCCGAGAACUGUCCAAGAUUCUGGCAAAGCUUGAACGCUUAAAACAGCAAAAUGAAGAUUUGAGGCGAAUGGCUGAAUCUCUCCGGAUACCAGAAGGCCCCAUUGAUCAGGGACCAGCCUCAGGAAGGGUUCGUGCUUUAGAAGAGCAGCUUUUGAAGGCCAAAGAACAGAUUGAAAAUUAUAAGAAACAAACUAGAAAUGGUCUGGGGAAAGAUCAUGAAAUCCUAAGGAGGAGGAUUGAAAAUGGAGCUAAAGAGCUCUGGUUUUUUCUACAAAGUGAAUUGAAGAAAUUAAAGAAUUUAGAAGGAAAUGAACUCCAAAGUCAUGCAGAUGAAUUUCUGUCAGAUUUGGGACAUCGUGAAAGGUCUAUAAUGACGGAUCUAUACUACCUCAGUCAAACAGAUGGAGCAGGUGAUUGGCGGGAAAAAGAAGCCAAAGAUCUGACAGAGCUGGUCCAACGGAGAAUAACAUAUCUUCAGAAUCCCAAGGACUGCAGCAAAGCCAAGAAGCUAGUAUGUAAUAUCAACAAAGGCUGUGGCUAUGGCUGUCAACUCCAUCAUGUGGUCUACUGCUUCAUGAUUGCAUAUGGCACUCAGCGAACACUCAUCUUGGAAUCUCAGAAUUGGCGCUAUGCUACUGGUGGAUGGGAAACUGUGUUUAGACCUGUGAGUGAGACCUGCACAGACAGAUCUGGCACCUCCACUGGACACUGGUCAGGUGAAGUAAAGGACAAAAAUGUUCAGGUGGUUGAGCUCCCCAUUGUAGACAGUCUUCAUCCUCGUCCACCAUAUUUGCCCCUGGCUGUACCAGAAGACCUUGCAGAUCGGCUUGUACGAGUCCAUGGUGAUCCUGCAGUGUGGUGGGUGUCCCAGUUUGUCAAAUACUUGAUCCGCCCACAACCUUGGCUGGAAAAGGAAAUAGAAGAGACUACUAAGAAGCUUGGCUUCAAACAUCCAGUUAUUGGAGUACACGUCAGACGUACAGACAAAGUAGGAACAGAAGCAGCCUUCCAUCCCAUUGAGGAAUACAUGGUACACGUUGAAGAACAUUUUCAGCUUCUCUCUCGCAGAAUGCAAGUGGAUAAACGAAGAGUAUAUUUGGCGACGGAUGACCCUUCUUUAUUAAAGGAGGCAAAAACAAAGUACCCCACUUACGAAUUUAUUAGUGAUAACUCUAUCUCUUGGUCAGCCGGACUACACAAUCGAUACACAGAAAAUUCGCUUCGGGGUGUGAUCCUGGAUAUACACUUUCUCUCCCAGGCAGACUUCCUAGUGUGUACUUUUUCAUCCCAGGUCUGUCGAGUCGCUUAUGAAAUCAUGCAAACACUUCAUCCUGAUGCUUCUGCAAACUUCCAUUCUUUGGAUGACAUCUACUAUUUUGGGGGCCAAAAUGCCCACAACCAGAUUGCCAUUUAUCCUCACCAACCUCGAACUGUAGAUGAAAUCCCCAUGGAACCUGGAGAUAUCAUUGGUGUGGCUGGAAAUCAUUGGGAUGGCUAUUCUAAAGGUGUCAACAGGAAACUGGGAAGGACGGGCCUAUAUCCCUCCUACAAAGUCCGAGAGAAGAUAGAAACGGUCAAGUACCCCACAUAUCCUGAGGCUGAGAAGUAAAGCUUAGAUGGAAGAGAAGGACAACUAAACUCAGUUAAAACCAUUUGAGCCAAACAGUAGAUGAAGAAGGCCCUGACCUUACAACACAUGGUGAAAUGAGUAGACACCUUCAAGCACCAGGAGCAAUUGGGAACUGACAGAUGCUUCAUUGGUGGAAUUACUCUUUAACAAGGGCCACAAUGCCCUUAAACUCAUGCACAGUCCAAUAAUGUACUCACAUAUAACAUAUAAACAGAUUGUUUUCUAUUUUGCCCCUUCUUUCAAGAUUAUGUCCCCAUGAGACAAACACUGCCACAUUGUGUAAUUUAAGUGACACAGACAUUUUGUGUGAGACUUCAAACAUGGUGCCUAUAUCUGAAAGACCUUUGUGACCUAAUGAGAAGACCCCGAAUAGCUCCCUACGUCAGGAGGUUGAUCCCUUGCCAGUGGUGCUAUUGUAACCACUGAAUUCACUCCAAUCAGCAGAUUCAGAAUGAGAAUGGAUGUUUUUGUCUGGAUUUUUUUUUUUUAAGUAAUUGCAUCAGUUCACCCACCUCAUCAUUAAUAAGUGAAGGAUACAUCAGAAAAUAAAAUAUUCACACUCCAUUAGGAACUUUUGUAAAACAAUGCCAUGAACAGAUCUUUAGUACUCAAUGUUUCUGGACAUUCUCUUUGAUAACAAAAAAUAAAUUUUAAAAAGAGGAA